AGAGAUAAAACUGAUGCUGGCAAAUGACCUUCCCAACAUGUCUCCUACGAAGUUGUGCGAAAUUUACCGUGGUCCACACCAUGCAUGCCGCGAAGGCGAUUACCUCUCUAUAUCGUACUAUAUUUAUUUACAGUAGGAUAUGUAUUGUCAAGUGAAGAAUGUGAUUCUAAGCUCGAUUUGGCGUUCGUUCUCGAUGCAUCCGGGAGCAUUGAGGAGAUUUACAGCGAGCAAGUGCGGUGGACAGCUUUUCUAACAGAUGCACUGCCCGUUCAUAGAGAUGCAGUGCGAAUAGCGACUAUUCAAUAUGCUGGUUAUCCACUUACCGAGUUCAGCUUGAACACCUACUCAGAUAAGGAGAAAAUCGUUCGUCACCUUAAAGACAUGACAUUCCAAUCUGGAGUCACGAGAACAGGUUACGCCUUGAGAAGGGCUGAACAUGAGCUCUUCAGCGAAGACCGUGGAGCACGUCUUAACGUGUCUAAAGUCAUUGCUUUAUUCACGGAUGGAUUAUCUAUAGAUGAUCCUUUGAAGCCAUCGGAACAAAUGCGUUUGAAGAAAGGUGUAAAAAUCUAUGUGAUAAGUGUGAACGCGGAUGGUUUUAUUCCGGAAAUGCAACGUAUCGCCGGAGAAAGCCAAAAUGUUUUUGGACCGAACGAUCUUCUUUUGUUGAAACAGCGCCUCUCAAGGGACGCAGCAGAGGCCAGAGUCUGCGAAAGCGAUUUAGUUAGUGAAGAGACAUUCAGCACAACAACCGAAGCAGAUUUUACACAUUUUGGAGACAACACUGAGUCAUUGAUAGAAAUGUCAACAGAAACGUUAAGAUCCGACGAUGGACCACCGUUUCUCCCAAGUGAUCCGUCCAAACUUCACGAUAAUGAAGUCAAGGCGAGAACAACGUUACAUGCUGCGGAAUCGACAGCUACCACAAUGUCUCCGGAUCAGAUCUUUGAGAGAGUUCUUGAGAGCGUGGGAACUUUGUAUCCGGACUCCGUGGUGACGAAUGUUCCUCCUGCUCAAAUUCCAGACGCAAAUCAAAUACAAGUAGUUGAAACACCAAAUGAAGCUACAACCUUCAAACCGUCUCUGAAAACCCAACUUCGAAAAAAGAAAGUCCGUCGAGUGCUUCGUAAAAAAGUUAAGAAUGUAACCGUCCUUCCGACGCGAGUAGACAGUUCUCCUCCUGCACCAGAAAAGAAGAUUCGAAAAAUAAUCAGAAAAAGGAGGCGAAAGAUUGUGUCUGGAAUUUCUUCUGGAAAAGCGUUACAGCAGUCACAAACUAUUAGCACAUCACCGACAAUCCCAAAAGAUAUUAUUCCUACUACUACAGUUGAUAGUAGCUUACCACAGCUGUUAAAACCUUUUAAAUUACAACCACAGCGAGAAAGCUUGCAGAAGAGCUCUAAAUUUAAGACUGAAAAUACCUCCCCAACGUUCUCGCCACAAGCUCUUGUGCGAACCACUACUACAUGGAUACCCGAACCUUCGGUCACCACUAUUAAGCCAAUUCCGGCACAGAAGAACACUCCAGGACCUACCACAGCACCAAUUACAGAUUUUGUACCUACGACAAUAUCGGUAUCAUCGCGAGCAUUUGCUUCGAAAAUAUUCAACGGCGAUGAAAUUGGAGUACCGAUAAAAACUUGUCCACUUGAUAUUCUCUUCAUCGUUGAUAGUUCCGGCUCUGUCGGAGGAGAAAUCUAUUUGAAACAGAAGGAAUUCUUGUCAGAGCUUUUGCAGUCAAUACAGCCUGAAAACAAGUCACAUCGAGUUGCGUUGAUUCAAUUUGCUGGAGCAAAAUCACAAAAGACCGAAUGGUUCUUUGACAGCUAUCACGAAAGCUCAGAACUCAUAAAAGCAUUCAAUGGAGUUCGUCAUUUUACAGGCACGACGUAUAUUGGAGCUGCACUUGAGCUAGCCCAGCAACUACUGGACACACGAAGGCCUGAUGUAAAAACCGUGGUAGUACUUCUUAGUGACGGAUUUUCUCAAGAUGAUGCCUCUCGACCAGCAGAGGCCAUUAGAGCUAUGAAAAAUGUGGAAUUCUAUGCGAUUAGCCUGUCGCAGCUCAGCAACAAAGAUUAUCUCCACCAACUGGUGAAGGAUGAAAAGAAAAUGGCUAUGGACGAUGACUCCUCCUCGAAAAUCAGCGAAUUUGUUAGGAGGACCUCAGGGAUCACUUUCACGACCCAGAGUCCGGAUAUGACGGCAACGUCCAAGAUAAAAAAUUUUUCCAGAAAGGACGCGACGCUCCAUUCUGAUGGGACAACGAACCCACAACGAACGAACCGAAGCAUCCGGGACCAGUCGGACAGAGCUUUUUUUGAAGAUGCUAUUCGCACGCGCGACUCUUUGGAGACAUUUUUCGGAGCGAAAAUGGGAGAGAAAGAUGCGUGGCAAAAGAGAUUCAUCCCAUGGCUACAAUGCAUGGCUCUUGCUGUUGAUGAAUCAGCAUUACACGAUAUAAGAAAACUAGUGAACGACGUCGCUGCGGCAUAUUCCAACCCUACUAAACAAUACUGCUUUGAGAAGGACGGGGGUCUCUCAAACAUACAGCUCAACAAGAGAUCACGUCUUCGCAGCAUAAACAUACUGCAAGAACUGAAUGCUAAACGCAAGAAUCCUCAUUACAAGUCGAUUUCGCUGCGUUCUAUGUUGUAUGACAAGUACGAUCCAUAUGUGUUUGUGCGACGCGCCCACCAUUCAGAUCUGGAUGUUGGAGAGGAAAAUAGGCCUGUAGAAUCGGAUGUGCAAAGAACUACCGAGCCUCUCGACAAGAAAGUGUCUGAAGUCAAUCCUAUCGACCCUUCAGACGACGGGAUGUUUGUGGGACAAAACUCAUACUGUCAUUCGCCUCUGGUUGAGAGUAGCAUUCAAAGCAGUGCAUCGAGUUCUGACGCAGAACCAGGUCCACUUACUGGCGUUCAUUCCUGCUCAGAUGUAGGAGAGAGUGGCAGUGAUAUGGCUCAAGAUGAUAUAGUUGUUGAAAUUGCUAUUUUUCUUGGUUAUCCACGCCCUCUUGAAAAACAUGAAAUCCGACUUGGUAGACUGAUGAAAGUCUUGGACCGAUUCCUGAUACUCGGAUCGAACACUCUGAAAGAUUUGAAAAAUUCCAUCGAUUGCACAUCAGAUUAUCAAGUGCUUGAAAAUGUUGUGGACCGUUCCAUAACGAAAGAAGAUCUUUGCAAGAAUCGCUACCCAUCUUCGUACUUCUUCUUUCAUGAUACAUUCUACAUCGACUUGGAGCCACAAGGAUCGAAGGAUAUCACAGUAGAGAUUCGCGAAUGGGCUAGUAAGCGAAACAUUGCCGGUAUGAAGGUGGCUGAUAUGAAUACAACUAGAAUCAUCGAUCUGACUUGUCGUUUUGGUGCACCCUACCUUUACAACCAUGUUGGAGCUUGCGAACAUCUAGUUAUUGUGACCAGAACUGCUUUACGAGAUACUAGUCAUCCGGUUGGCCCAUACCCGGUUCCAAUCUAUGAGCGAAAUUUCCGUCGCAUCGCUUGUGCUGGCUGUAAGCAGGAGACGGCUGAAUGGGUACUUUGGGAGCACGAAUGCAUGCCCUGUUACACACAGUUCUUAUGCGAUGCUUGCUACAAGGACUUCAACUACGAUAAGUCUGGAAAAAGAAUCUUCAAAUACAAAGCUGCACCAUGGUAUGACAGACGCAGUCGAAAAACAGGACCAUUGGUUCUACAAAAGAUGAAAAUCGUCAAGGAUGAUCCCCCAGAUGACACAGUCUUGAUUCCUUAGAACCUUUUUUCUUGAUUUUUGUUCAUGGUUUCAGGUCUGAUGUUUAACAUUUCCCACUUCGUUGACCCCAUCAUCCAUUUGCUUUCUAUCAUUCUGCUCAAAUUUUCUCAAACGUAAUGUCUCAGUUUUCUGCUCUAAAUUUGUUCUCACUCCAACUUGCACUAGCUUUUUUUUCGCUUUGAUGCAACUAUUUGUGAUCGCUUCUCAUGC